AUCGUGGGAAACCGACAGUACACCGCACGUGUGCAUCACUACAUUGCACAUGAGUCCACUAUAUCAUCAUAAUUUGAGAAAUAAAUAUUGUUAUUAAACAUGCAGGUGAGGUGAGACCACUAUAUUAUCAUAAAAUGAAAAACUACGCUAUCUGAAAAUCUACAAUUAUAAUGCACAAAGUGGCAAAUGGGCACCCACAUUAAUCUCUCUCUCUCUCGCUAACAUUAAUCUCUUUCUUUUUCAGAUGAGAUUAACCGCUUUCAUUUCCCUCGCAAACUCUCUCUCUCUCCCCGUUUCAAUUCUGUUUCCUCAUGUGAUUCCUCAUGAAUUUCCCAAAAAAAGCCCCUAAAAUCUCCUAAUCUCAUCUGAAAAAGAAACCAAUAUCUCCACAAAAUAUCUGCCGCGUUUAUUGGGGCAUGGAUUUCUCUGUUGCUGCAGAUCGCCACCGAUCAAUCUCCUCGGUUUCCGAUGCGUAAUUGAAUUUCUGCAACACGCAUUCGCGCGGGAAGACGAAUUCUGAUUUUGAAUUCUGCUUCUUCAUCGUCGAAAUUCUGGUUAUUCGUUGUCUACUUUUUUUUCUCCCAAAUAGGUGAUUUUGUGUUCCUAAUUUGAAAUGAAUGGCGUCGUUUAAAGAAUUGUGACUCGAAUUGGAUGAGUUUCGGCGAAUUCCCUCCCGGAAUUAGGGUGACAGGAAAGGGGGAAAAAUGUCGUCAGCUGCGCCAGGUUCGUUGGAGGAAAUGCUGGAGAAUCUGGGGCGAAGAAACCCUCAAAAGCCCAAGGACUUGCCUCCGGCUCUCCCGGCACGGCCGACCUCCCGCACGCGCCUUCCGUCCAGCAGGCGCGCGGCGCUGCCUGAUAUCGUCGAAGCGGUGAUGGAGCUGAGCUCGUUGAAUCAUAGUGGGAACUCCAAAGGAUCUAGGUGGAAGAGCGCCGGGGCGAAAACGGUUAGACAAGUGAAACUAGGGGAAUUAUCGUGCAUCGCGGCUGCUUCGGAUGAGUCCAAGUCGGAAGAGAAGCUUGCUAGCCCUCCCCCGGAAAAGGAGGGGUCGAGCUUUACAGAGUCCGAGCUGCAACAAGAUACAGAAUGUUUUAUCGAAGAGAUUGGUGCUGUUGAGAUACAGAAAUGCUUCCGCAGUCAUCUUUUAUGUCAGAAUUUUCACGAACUUAAGGGUGGAAGUAUCACAUUGCAGUCAUAUGUUCGCGGUGAAAUCGCGAGAAGAGAGUAUGUUGCAUUAUUGAAGAAGAAGGUUGAUAGCCAAAGGCUGGAUGAGGCAGUUGUGCAACUACAAUCUGUAAUUCGUGGAUGGGUGAUACGGAGACAAUUUAUCGACUGGCGAGAACAGGAAGAAUCUAAUACCAGUGAAGAACCAGAGAUGAUGAUUUCUCAAAUGCAGGAGGUUCAAACAGAACCGUCACUUUCUGGGAACGAACUGCAAAAGCGCCUAGUGAUAGCAGAAACGAAUCUUGCAAAAAAGGAAAGACAAAUCAUUGUCUUGAGAGAGCAACUGCAACAGUAUGAGGCGAAGUUAAUGGAAUAUGAAUCUGAUAUGAAAUUGGCGGAUGAGAUGUGGCGCAACCAGGUGGCAUCGUUACAAAUGAAUUUGGUUGCCGCAAGAAAAAGUACCUGUUCUGAGAAAAGUAGCACUCUAUCUGAUAAAUCAUCCGAUACUGAAUCGCCUCGGUUUUAUGAUUGCGAGGAUGCCUCUUCUAUAAUUUCUAGUUCGGAUUCUCUCGCCAAAUAUCCCAGCAAGAGUACUACAGCUUCUACAUGUGGGGACAUGGGUGGCUUAGAGUUAGCUGUUCCUCUCGCGAAUGAGCAGAAAAAUCAUAAGUAUGAAGACGAAGCCCGGGCAAUAAUUAGGUUAAAGUCAUUGAAUAUACCUUGGUUAAGUCCCAGAGAUGAACUGAACAAUCUAAAAAAUAGGUUAUCUGCAUGGAAAACGGGUUUCAAGGGCCGGUCAAAGGAUGCGAAUGCAAAGUCACAAAAGCCAGGGGAGGCCGAUGGUAACAAAGUUCGUAGAAAAUGGACAUCUUUGAAACUGAAGUAAAAAAAGGCAUUAUUAUUGAGGGACAAAUGUUUUAAGGAAUUGAAUGGAGAAGAACAAGUACCCGAGCCAGGCUUGGCGGCCGAGUCCAGAAUGGACAUCGCGACCUCCAACGGCCACUGAAGCCUAGCCGACACUGGGCAGUGGGCAGCCCUGCUAUCUGCCAGCGGCAAGUGAAGAAUUUCAUGGGUACAUUACUUUGGAAAAAAUUCCUUUGCGACUUUCCCAUGAAGAACAAUUGUUGCUUUGUUUGUAGGAAUUCCUUUUAUGUUGAAUAUUUUCUUUAUGUUAAAACUAGUUUGUAAUUCUACGGUUCAGGAGAUGUGAAUAUUUUCUUUAUGUUGUAAACGUUAGUGAAAUGUGGAUUAUACUUUUAUAUAUAUUAGUUACUAGUAUUAUA